CUGAAGCAGUUCCUUACAAAAAGCAGAGGCAAUGAGCAACGUCUUGCUGGCAGCCUCACAGAACAAUGUAGCCAAGAUGUUCACGAUCACCGCACUUAAAUAUAACAGAGCUUGGUUGCAAUGUUAGCCAGCUAGUAGUGUAACAAGGUGAAUAUGCUGAUACAUUAAUAUGAAAAUAAAUAUUGCUGCAAUUACAUUUGCCAUUUUCCCAACACUUCCUGCUCUUCAAUUUCAACCAUAGAUUCCCAGAUAUGAGGUUCUUGUCUAAAAACAAACAGGAAACAGAUAUCCCAUAAAAAUGACGGACAUAUCGCUUGGCCAUAGAAGUCUCACCAAACCCCAGAGUUAACCAAUCAAUUUUGAGAAGAACGGCGGGACUUCCUGUUACGUUGCUAGCGCCCCCCUUUUUGUGUUUCCCUCACUGUCAAUCAAAAUAGAAAAAAAUCGACCCGAAUUCACCGAUCAACACAAGCCCGCCUUUGAUAAAAUAUAAUCAUGUUCGGAGUUUAGUUUAUCAGAUAAUCUUUCGAUUAUUACCAUUCACGAUAUGACUGGUACAUAACAUUUAACCCAUCAACCAACCGCGCCAGAGCAACAUUUGAAACAAGAGGAAAUGGCUACCGCGGACGUGGAAGGCAGUCAAAGCGAAUUCCUACAGCACGGCGGAGCCUCGGAAAACCAGACCACAGACAUGACCGCCAUCCAGCUAACAGGUUCAGACCGUUGGGAGUUGUUAACCCCGGUCUCUACKGGGAAGGAUGCGCAGCAGGGAGUCGUCCACAUUCCUAACUCUGGCAUGAUGACCUCUAACGGCCAGUAUGUUCUCCCUAUCGGGAACAUGGACAGUCAGCCCAUCUACGUCACAGCAUCUGGAAACGACGGCUCAGCCAACGGAGUGUCCAGCAUACAAUACCAGAUCCACAACUCAGAUGGAACUCUGGCAGGCUUCUCUGCGCAGGGAUUGGACGAUGGCUCGGGCCAAAUCCAGCUCAUCCAGGACGGUAGCCACGGCAAUAUUGGAAUCAGCGUUGCCACAACGACAACCUCUGACCUCCUAACGCAGGCUGGGCAUAUGCAGCAGAUUCAGGGCGUGUCAUUGGCCGGAGGCACGACCUAUAGCGGCGCGGUUCCCAUGGGGCUGUCGGGGGGUAACAUAACUUUCCUCCCUAUCAACAGCAUAGACCUCGAAUCACUAGGGCUUGCCGGCGCUCAGACGGUUCCCAUAGCAACGACGACCGAUGGUCAGCUGAUCAUGGGCAGCCAGGCGCUGGAGGGGCAGGAAGGUGGAGCCAAACAGCUAGCGACCCUAGUUAGUGAAGCUAACGGUAACCCAGACCUCUACGUGCCAACAACCUCAUCAUCCCAGCUGCCUGAGACCAUCGACGGGACGGGGGUUCUGACCCAAGCUACUGCCGUGUCUGCCGGGGUUUCAGACCCAUCCUCAGAGAACUACAACUCCCACAACCACCUGCAGCAAAUACAGGUGUCCACCUCUAAUGCCUCGUCCUUCUCCCAGCCCAUCCUACAGCUGUCGGGGGACAACCAGGGGGCCCAGGGACAGGAUCUAUCCCAGUCUGGGCAGACGCUCCAGAGUGUCCAACUAGUCAACCCUGGAACGUUCCUCAUCCAGGCCCAGACAGUCACUGCUUCAGGACAGAUACAGUGGCAGACCUUCCAGGUCCAAGGGGUCCAGUCUCUGCAGGGCCUCCAGCUCCCUCAGGCCCAGGGGGGCCAGCAGCUGACUCUAGCCCCAGUCCAGGGCCUCUCUAUGGGUCAGGGAGGAUCCAUCACCCUGCCUAACCUCCAGACUGUUACAGUCAACUCUAUAGGACAGCCAGGGAUUCAAUACACACAGGGAGAGGAGGCCGGCAGUCCUGCAGACAUCCAGAUAAAGGAGGAGCCGGACUCUGAAGAGUGGCAGCUGAGUGGUGACUCCACCCUCAACCCCAGUGACCUCAACAACCUGCGUGUCCAGAUGGAUGACGAAGACAUGGACAUGUCCACCGGGGAGGGCAAGAGGCUGAGGAGAGUCGCCUGCACCUGUCCCAACUGUAAAGAGGCUGGAGGGAGAGGGUCGAGUCUAGGUAAGAAGAAGCAGCAUAUCUGUCACAUCGUGGGCUGUGGAAGGUGUACGGUAAGACUUCUCACCUCAGGGCUCACCUCAGAUGGCACAGCGGAGAACGGCCCUCGUCUGCAACUGAUGUUCUGUGGCAAGCGGUUUACCAGGAGUGACGAGCUACAGAGACACAGACGGACACACACGGGAGAGAAGAAGUUUGUGUGUGCACAAUGUUCAAAGAGGUUCAUGCGUAGCGACCAUCUGGCCAAACAUAUAAAGACUCACCAGAACAAAAAAGGUGUGGCUUCCUCCUCAUCGUCUCCGCCCCCCAGCGACACCAUCAUCACAGCAGACGGAACCACCCUCAUCCUUCAAUCAGCUGCUGGCGGCCACGACCUCCUAGGCAAUCAGGAGAUCCCUCUGCAGCUGGUCACCGUGGCGCCCGGUGAGGUUAUGGAAUGAGGGCGUGGCUUAUAGACUGGCCAAUAAACAGGGACCGUGUGGGCUUUUUUCUCCCCCCCUUUGUUUUUUGUUUUUUAUUGUUUUUUUUAUAUAUGAAUAUAUAUACGUAAAUAUAUAUGACAAAUAUAUAUAUAUAUUUUAAGUAAGAGUUAUCAUGACUUUAUGUUUGUUAUUUGCAGUCUUUUUAUAGGCAGGCAAACAAAUUACAUUCAAUGUUGUCACUAUGUACACACACAGACACACACACUCUCGCAAACAUGAAUACUCACUACGAAAUGCCUUAUUUUGUAUUAUACUGUUGUAUAAAAUGCUGGAGAUGCAUGUGUUUUUUAAGCUUUUGCAGAUCAUGUAAUUGUGUUAGGAUGCAGGGAAUAGGAAAAGUGUAGUAGCCCUCUCUCUAGAGCGAUUGAUUGAAAUAAUUGAUUAUAUUGAAUCAUCAGUCGCUUUCUCUAGAGUGUGGGUGUCUGUGUAUUAACUCUUCACCUGAAGCGACAAGCGUAACACCCUUUUAAGACCUUGUGAACACUGUCAUAGCCAUGAUAUAACACUUUUUUUAAAACAUUUUUAUUAUAGAACACUAUGACAGAYUUUAUAACAACCAAUAUCUGCAUAAUGUCAGACCUUUGUAGUAUUAGAGUUGGGCUUGCACACUGAUUCUCCAACACAUACCUUUUAUUGGUUAACAACGUUCUGAUAAAUUCAUGUUUGGGUUGAUUGAAACGUUGCUAACCAAUAAAGGUAUGUCUGUGUGGACACUUAUUUCCAUGUAGAUUUUUUUCCAGCCCUGUACCUCAUGAAAGUGAUGUGACCUCAUGCUAUUAAAGCUUGUGUCAUGUGACAUGCCCUGUGGUUUCAGGUGAAGCAUUAUUAGCGGUUGGAUUGAUUUGGUGAUAAAAGUUGGCCAUACAUGCUGAUCUAGGGUCAGUUUAGCGUUUACCCCCUUAAUGUUUGAGGUUAGGAUUUAGAGAGGGUAAGCUGAUCCUAGAUCUGUGCCUGAAGGAAACUUUGACCCACAGCAGAAUGUUUUGGUCAUCACUCUAGCCAACAUGAGCACACUUGCAGUGCUUACUCAAGUCAAAUGUGUCUUCAGUUAACUCGUUUUUUAAUUUGUUUUUAUUAAAAAAAAACUUUUUGUUGUAUAGUCACAUUUUAUAUUCUGUUUCUAUGACUAGCUUAGURUGGGACUUGUCAGAAGGAAGCAUCUCAGAUCGGUUUCUACCCAUGGAAUUAAAAUGAGUUAAAGGACACAGGUCUGAAAAUCGACUUGAUUUCUCAAUUGCCCACCCAAAAUGGUGACAACAUUUUGAACUUGCCAUUUUUGCAUUUCUGGAACAGUUGAGGUUCACUGACCAGUACAUUGAACAUUUCAAAUGGUACAUCAAAUAUGGCCGCCAGGGCACGCAAAACAUUUAGUGCAGUCCAAUUUUCUACCCUUCUCCUGAAGUGUGUACUCGUUCACUCACCCGCAUGGAUUUAAAUGGAGUGGAUUAUGGUGGAAACUUCCUCCAGACAUUUUUCUACCAAUCCAAUGCACACAUCUGGGUGAAGGGUAGAAUCUGAAUCGCAAUAUUCAGUUCUACUCAUUCUAAUUCUAUAAUGUUCCCACUCUCUUGCUAGUUUGCUACUCAUUGUAAAGGAAACAAUCAUGCCAUUAUUAUUUCUAAAUGUUAUUGUAAUCUUUCCUGUCAGUAUGUGCAUGRCUUAGCGUCCACUUACCUGUAUAUUAUCUUCUAUUCACAUUGUUUAUAGAAGCCAUUUUCUUUAGAUAAAUAAUUUUGUUGUAUCAAAAGCUUAUUUUAAUUGUUUUUUUAAAAGAAAGUGUAAAAUUUGAAUGUUACUUUUUGUAAAACCUUUUUUCAAAUGGAUCAUAAUUAAAGUCUGAUUCCUUCCAAUGACA